GCGUGGCAAGCAGGGAAUGUACCGUUGCGCAUAGGGACGUACCCGCUCCAACUCGCUGUUACAUUCUGGCGUUUUUAUAUAUUUUUACCACUUUAAAUCCGUCUUCUUCAAACGAGAUUUUGUGUUAACGAAAAAUAGCCGCUUCCUUGGUCAAUCGGCGUCAUGACUUUCCCCAAAACCGCCUUCUUUUUUAGUUGAAUGGGACCCUACGUCGCUUGCGUCGCUCGCUUUUGGCACAGUGUCGCCUCUGCUCGUCGCUGCUACUGCUCCGAACUAUCACGCAGGACUUUUAAAUCCCGUGGAGGUCUUUGUAAGCGCUUUUAUUAAUGGUUUAAACCCGAAAAAAUCCUUCUUCUUCUGUCUGAGGAGGUGCAAAAGAGGAGACAGCCACCACGACGCCAGCAGAUCUCCCAUAGCGCGAACUACAGCGUUUAGGAGAUGGGGGGAUCCAAGAGUAAGUCUAAGGACGUGGGCCCGAGGACGCGUAGCCUGGAUGGAACCCUCGGCUCUGGGGUGGGGGCGGGCGGGCACUCCCUGAGCUCCACCCAAACCUCCACUGUCCCGAACCGCAGCCCCACCAUGGACGGAGGUCUGAGCUCACAACACCACAGCGGCACCCCAGAAAUCAAGCUCUUUGGAGGAGUGGACACCAACAACAUGACCUCCCCCAACCGGAGCACUAUAGCAGGAGGAGUGACGACGUUCGUGGCUCUGUACGAUUAUGAGUCCAGGACGGCCUCAGACUUGUCCUUCAGAAAAGGAGAGCGGCUGCAGAUCGUCAAUAACAUAGAGGGAGACUGGUGGCUGGCGCGGUCCCUCACCACUGGAGAGAGCGGAUACAUCCCCAGUAAUUAUGUGGCUCCAUCGGACUCCAUCCAAGCAGAAGAAUGGUACUUUGGCAAAAUAACUCGUCGCGAUUCAGAAAGACUGCUGCUCAAUCUGGAGAACAGACGAGGGACGUUUUUAGUGAGAGAGAGCGAGACCACCAAAGGUGCCUACUGUCUGUCUGUGCUGGACUAUGACAACACCAAAGGACUAAACGUGAAGCAUUACAAAAUCAGGAAACUGGACUCAGGAGGAUUUUACAUCACCUCUCGCACACAGUUCCUUACUCUGCAGCAGCUCGUCAACCACUACCGCAAGCACGCAGACGGCCUGUGCCACAGUCUCACAGAGAUCUGUCCUGUACUCAAGCCUCAGACUCAGGGCUUGUCCAAAGACGCCUGGGAGAUCCCCCGAGAGUCCCUCCGUCUGGACCUCAAACUGGGGCAGGGCUGCUUCGGGGAGGUCUGGAUGGGCACUUGGAACGGCACAACGCGGGUGGCCAUAAAGACACUGAAGCCGGGCACCAUGUCUCCUGAGGCUUUUCUGCAGGAGGCGCAAGUCAUGAAGAAGCUCCGACAUGAGAAAUUGGUGCAGCUGUACGCAGUGGUGUCAGAGGAGCCGAUCUACAUCGUCACAGAGUAUAUGACUAAAGGGAGCUUACUGGACUUCUUGAAAGGAGACAUGGGUAAAAUGCUGCGUCUGCCUCAGCUGGUGGACAUGGCUUCACAGAUUGCUUCAGGGAUGGCGUACGUGGAGAGAAUGAACUACGUGCACAGAGACCUCCGAGCCGCUAACAUCCUGGUGGGAGAUAACCUGGUUUGUAAAGUGGCAGACUUCGGCCUGGCUCGGCUCAUAGAGGACAACGAGUACACUGCAAGACAAGGAGCAAAGUUUCCUAUAAAGUGGACGGCCCCUGAAGCGGCGUUGUACGGGCGUUUCACCAUAAAGUCGGACGUGUGGAGCUUCGGGAUCCUCCUCACUGAACUUGCUACCAAGGGGAGAGUGCCGUAUCCAGGGAUGGUAAAUCGUGAGGUUUUGGACCAAGUAGAGCGUGGGUACCGGAUGCCCUGCCCCGCGGAGUGCCCAGAAUCUAUGCACGAGCUAAUGCUAACCUGCUGGAGGAAGGAGCCAGAGGAGCGGCCUACUUUUGAGUACCUGCAGGGCUUCUUAGAGGACUACUUCACCUCCACAGAGCCCCAAUACCAGCCGGGAGAAAACCUCUAAAAACACACAUGAUCUAUGCACAUGUACACUGCAGAAAGAGGGAAAUAUGAACGUUAAAUUACAAAAAUUCAGAAUCUUGAGUCAAACUAGUCCUGACGAGUUUAAAUAUAUUUACUGGGAUCUGUUUCUUCUCCUUGAUUCAAGUCAUAUAGAGCUUUUUUGAUAUGUGUGUAAUCCCUCUGUCAUCCAGGUCUGAUCCAGAGCAAAAGAAAAAUAAAAUCUGUCAACUGGACAAAUCGUUGUAGGAGUGAAGACGUUUUGCUUCUCAUCCAAGUCACUUCUUUAGUUCUGGUCAGUUUACUGGGGGACACUUCCUUAUAUCUUUCUUUUUGAAGAGAGAAGCUAACGACACUGAAACUCAAAACACCUAUUGUGUUUAUUACAGAAACUGCGAACAAUCGGUGUUUUAAAUUUCAGUGUAGUUGCAUCGUCCCUUCAGACAGAUAUAAGGCAGAACUGAAGAAGCGGCUUGGAUCAGCAGCGAAGCAUCUUCACUCCUACAACUGACAGAUUUGAUUUUUCUUUUGCUUUAGUGCGUUCAUGACACUUCAUAAUUUCAGAUGGAGGGCAGGGGCUUGUAUAACUCUAUGGGAGAUUCAUAUGGGAGUUUUUGGAAGAAAUAUUCAAAAUUAUGAUCCACAAAUGUUGAACCUUCUGAUCAUUUUUGGGAUUUGGCUCAACAAAUUCGCCACAUUAAUCUUAUGGUUUAAUGUUUGACAACAAUCUCGUCUUUGGGGUUGAAUAAUGGCACCACUUUUUGAAGCUAUUGUAAAAAAAAACAAAAAAAUAAAAAAAUAACACUUUUGUUUAUUUAUACUAACAGAGAAGAUGUAGCAGUCGCUUUUAUUAAAAUCAGAAAACAUAAAAUAGCCUAAACAACCUGUUAAAAUUCGAAUUAAUGAAAAUAAAAACGACUCAAUUAAUUUUAUAUGUUGAAUACUUCAGUUUGUGGUGUUGUUUUAAUAUUUAUUAUACUUCAAAGUUGGCAUUAGAGGCACAACCAUCUCUCUCAACAAUGCUCCGGUGAAGUGUUUGUUUUAUUUGUGUAGUUUUUAACAUGUUGCCAGCUCCAUGUCCACUGCCUGAUCUUCAAAUAUUUAUUUAUUUUAGCAUAACUCGGCAAAAUCUCCAUACGCAUACAAUCAGACAGGAAGUAGUGACGCUAACAGUGCACAGUCUGUUCUACAAUGUUGUGACAUGAUGUGAAUAUCUCAUUAGAAAAAAUAUAUAUAUAACCCAGUCAAAAAUAAACCUAAGGUACAAACUAGUCAGAACGACUGGAACAACUCAAGAUUCUGAAUUCAACUAAUUUCAACUUAAACUUUCUUUUUCUGCCACAAAUAGGACUUGAUUAUAACGAUUAAAAUGCUAAUGUUGAGUAGAAUCACUAACAUGGACAUCUGUGGCACCGAGGACGACUGCACGAUUUUUACAGGAAUUACGAUACUUUCCACAAGCAAAAAAAAAAGUAAAGGAAAAGAACGUUGUCCAAGAAUAACCAACAACCUUCCUACGGAGACAUCAUUAUAAUAUAUUUUUAUCAUGUUGAAAAUGUGCUUUGUAACUACGGCAACAACGAACUAAAGAUUUUAAAAAAUGGACUUAACAAAAGCAGGUGAAUUGUUGAUGGAAUAUCACGAUUCUGCUAAAAUGUAAAUAAAUUAGCUUGGGAUGUCUUCACUUCAAACUUAAUAACUGAUGCAAUUUUUUCUCAAUGAACAACGUUUUGGAAAUCGCUACAAAUUUGUUUUUAUUUUUGAAUUUUGGGAUUAACUGGAUCGUUUGACGUGUACAACUUCCCUAUAUUGCUUCCUUUUAAAUGGCAGGCUCUGUAUUUUGGGCUAAUAAUGUUUUUAUACUUUUUUUUUUUCAUUUGUGGACUUGACGCAAAAAGAAAGAAGAGGAUACAAGUGGCAUUUUUGACAUAAAGCUAAUGUCUACUGAUCAGUAAACUGCAGAAACAUUGAAAUGAUCUGAACUAACAUUAAGAAGCUUGUUUUUUAUUUCAUUAGGUCAAGAUUAAUUUGCUUAUAUUUAUAGUUUUUAAAGGUGCAAUAUGUAACUUUUCUGCUGGAGGAACGGCCACCUGCUUGUUGCUAUGGAGAUGUUAUUGCUUUACCUGGAAUGUUUCACAAUAUGGCAUUAAACUUGGCACUCUUGCAUUGAUUCAAGCUUUUUCGGGGCUAAGCAAACACGCAUUUGUGUUUGCUUUUCCACAGAUCUGACUGGUAACUUUGCCUAAGUUGCAUCACCCAAGUAUUGAAACAACGUAAUGCCACAGUAUGUAACAUUUUAGUGAAAAAAAAUACUAAAAUGAAAGCAUGUUUUGUUUUGUUUUUUCAUUUUGAGUUGUGUUUAUUGCAAUCAAAAACAUGCUCUGAGCGGGCUUGCAUCUCCACAAACCCGACUCUUAUGUGAAUGUUCCUAAGUAGGGAAUCAUGCAGGUGACGUAUCACUUCCAGAAAAUUACACAAUGUAUCUUUAACUCUUAGUAGGUAAAAAUAAACCUAAACUAGUCAACGCUUCUAAAAUCAGGGUAAAUUGUUCAUAAUUGGAGUGAUUUUCUGAUUGUUUUUUGCCGUGUAAAAGUGAUCUCAGGUGGAGGAGACAUCUUUCUGCUGCAUGGACUUUUGUGCCAAUGAAACCUGCUCUUUUGUGCCAGUGCACUGUGUAAUUAAAAGUGUAUUUUGGUACGACUUAUUAACAUUAAGACAAUCUUUUAACAAAUAUAACUCACUUUUGUGUUCUUCCUUUUGGCUCAUCGGCAUCAGCUUCUGGUGCUAAAUCAGGAACACGUAAACAUCCUGUCGUUUGUAUCAUGAUUUUAUUAAUAAUUGUGUCUGGGCUAUAAUAAUUGUUGCUGUUUUAUUUUAAAUGCUUCUUUGGGCGUCGUCAUACACUGGAGAUGGACACUGCAACAAGGAAAAAGCAUUUUAUUUUUAAUUAUUUGAAUUUGGUAUUUGGACUUGAGCUGUUCUGACUGGUUUUUAUUUAUUUAGGCUUCUGUAAGAAACCAUGAUACGUGUUCAGUGAGCGUUUAUGACAUACCACACAUGAAUAAUUAUUUGACAACACUGAUCUAAAACAACAACUCCAAUUGUCUGGGGUUUGCGUGCUCUCUCUGUGUCUGGGUGUGGUUCCUCAGGGCACUCUGGUUACGCCCAUCAACCCAAAACGUGCACAAUAUGUCAGAUACUCCAGCUGAGGUACAGUCCCGACAAGAUCUGGAGAUGGGUCCCCAGAAGCUCCUGGUGGAUGGGUCAAAUGUAGAGAGCACAUGUACAAGGACAAAAGUACCUGAAACCUAACUGUGAGUAUGGUAGCAUUAUGUGUCCUUAAAAGUUUAUACGUGGUUUUCAUUACUAGAUUAUUAAAGAAAACAUAGAAAGUCUGCAAAUCUAUGUCUAAGUAACUAAAGUAAACAAGGCUGGUCAGAACAGCUCAAAUCAACAAUCAAAUCCUGAAUCCAAGUAAUUGAAAUUGAAUUGUUUUGCAGUAUAGUAGCUGUGGAAGCGUGCAAGAUACAAGUGGUACCAGUAGAGGGCAGUGCAGGGACAGUCCUGAAACACUGUAAAUACAAAUUGUUUUAUUAUUCUUGUAAAUAUGAUUUUAUAAUUUAUUCCACACAAAAGUUUAUUUUAUUUCCAGCUUCACCGUCACCAAUGCUUUCCUCUGGUUCGUUUAUGGGUGAGAUCAUAUUUUUGCUAGUUUAAAGUACGACAGUUCAAGUUUGAUUUCUGGAGUGUAUCGGCCUACUGUAUUUUUCUAAUGUUGACGUUUGGUUGUACAUUUUGUGACUGACAAUAAACGGUAAAGCCUGUUGGUUUAAGGUACGGAGAAAAAAAUAUAAUAAUAAUUUGAACCUAUUUCUUCAAUUUUUCCUGUAAUGACGGGGUACACUGUGGAAAAAUACCAUCCACGAGAAGUAUUUCUACAUCUAUUAUUUAUGUGUUUAACCUGGAUCAAAGUCACUAGCACACUCAUUUCUAGCAAAUUUUUCAUGGGUUUCAGUGGUGGAACUUAUCGAAGUAAAAGUAGUAAAGUACUGUACUUGACUAAAAAAAAAAAAUGGUAUCUGUACUUUUUACUUCACUACAUUUGAGAGCAAGUAUCUGCAUUUUCUGCACGACUACAUUUUUGAACUGGACUGAAAAGUAAAAGUAUUUUUUAUUAUUGAGACCUGCAGAAAAGUCUGAGGGUUUAUUUUUUACAUGUUCAUAGUUUGAGCAAAACAAAAAUAUACAAAUAAAAACAGAGAAAUGCAACGAGUUCUGAACAAAAUUCAGCACAAACCUUUAUCAAAAUCACUACAUUUGAAGCUUUAUUAGACCUAAAAAUGUACCUAAAAGAACAUUUUUAAACAGAUACUGUAAUACUUUACUUAUGUAGAUUUUCCCAUGUGAUUCUUUUACUUUUACUUGAGUAUUUUUUUUGCUCAGGUAUCUGUACUUUUACUUAAGUAACACAAUUGAGUACUUCUUCUUCCAUUACUGAUGGGUUUCAGUUUUCUGUUUUCUGUAACAGUUUGAGUAGUUUUCACCCAUUCAAAUAUACAUAUUUUGUUUCAGAUUGUUAAUUGCUAUGGCAACAUCCUAAUGUCUUAUCAUUCUGGGACCCUGGAUAGUAUAUUUUUUAGAUAUCGACUGAUAUUAAAUGUUUCCUGGCCGAUGCUGAUAUCAGUUAAUUAGAAUCCAGAGAAACCUUUUGGGCAAUAUGUAAGACCAAUUUAGAUAGUUUUCCCCAGAUUAUAUCAUUUUGAAUUUACUAACGUCAUUCACAGCUCUUUAUUUUAAUACAAACUGGACAUGAGAGUAGUGUUGUCACAUUUUGUGCAGUAGCGUCUUGUGUUCAAGUAAAGCUAUAAUCUUCAGGCAGCGGAUCGACCCAAAUAAAACAUUGGCCUCUUGUAGAUUAAAGGCCAACAGCUCAUAUAUAUCGAUCUAUCUGUAAUAUUUUAGUUUGUCUGGGGUGAGGGAAGUCUGGUAGUCCCUGCUUAGACUGCUGCCUCCGUGACUCGACCCUGGAAAAGUGGAAGAAAAAUGGAUGGACAAAAUAAUUGUUUACAUAAAUAAUAAAUCUUAAUCAGCCAAAACUAACUUCAAAUCCUGAAUUUAAGCCAAUUAUCUUAUUUGGAUGUUACUUAUUUUUGACAGUGUAGCAUUUUUAAAUACGUCUCGGUAACAAUGGUUGGUCUACAUUUAUGUCUGGGGCCUAAAGUGUUGCAGGCAUUAAAAGGCUAUGCAGUAUUUUUCAUUCCUGAAUAAUCUUUUGUACUGUUUUUAAAUGAAAAUAUGAACUGUUUAUGCUGUUCAAAUGAAUAUGGCGUUUGUUCAAAAUCAAAAAUAUGUUUGAAUAAAAUUUGUAUUGAG